AUGGUCCGUACCCCUUCGAGCGCGGAUGACUCCUUUUACUCCUUUGAGAACUCGGAAGACCGCGCCGACUCUCGUUAUGGUGCUAAUAGCCCGGAACUACAGAACCCGGUUCCAGCAAUCAAUGUCGGACCUAGAGCCAUCGCGGCCAGGCUCCACGCCUCUCAGCCGUCCGCGCACGGCGAAUAUGUGGGAGCACCACAGCGCAACUACACGGCUCCCGAGUUUCAACGAGUAGGCCGAGGAACCUCCAACUUAGGAAACAACAGAUGGGGCCAAAGCCACUCGAGAAACUCGUCCAUGAACCAGUCAGCGCAGUUUGUUUCCCCGCCUCGAGGUGGAGGCACUUGGAGCGGCGGUCGCGGCAGGGGACGAUAUCGCGGUGGCAACUCGGGCCACCGAGGUGCAUUCUCAGGUCACAUGCCGCAACAUGGUGGACAGACUUAUGAGUACAGCGGCUUUGAGGGCCGCGUGCAGUCUCAACUGCAGUCCGGUCCGCAGAAUGAGGCCCACGCCCAAGGCCGCUGCCGCAACGAGCACCACAAUGGUGGCAAGUUCAGCUACAAGCCCUGCAGCUGCUUUAAGUGCAACGUCAACAACAGGAGCGUCAUGGUGCGCGUCGAUGAGAGCCCCGAGACUCCCGUCAUGGAAGUUCAGGCCAAGAUCAAGCAUGGCCUGGGAGAGCGGUUUGGCGAUGUUGAUGCCGUGUUUCCGACCGAGCUCCAGGACGGCGUCGGCUUCAUUGUGCGGUUCCGUUACGAGUCGUCGGUUCCCGACGCUCUGGCAUUUGGCUCCGGCGAGAUUUCCAACUGGAACAUGUCUGUGGCCAUCAGCGCCGCCAUGAAGUCCAAAUGGGUCAACACGACCUGGCCUCAGGCAGUUCCUCAGACGAUUGAGGGCCCCGGAUACCAGCAUAUGCAGGCGCCGUUUCAGCCGGCGAUGCCGAUGUCCAAUCCUCCUCCCAUGCCGUUUGGGUACCAGAACAUGGCUCCCUCCCACGCGCCGUACUCCACGAUGCCCGGUUUCGCUCCGCCUCUGUUGGCCGAUCCGUUCGCGUGUAUUCCUCCGCCCGUUCCUGGCAGUCUUACUUCGGCCUACGACGGACAGCUUCACCACCUAAGCAGGGCUACAGAGCAUCGUCCGGUCGCCGAGCCUCCUGCUGCUGAGCAGCUGGCACCUUGCGCCCCGACCUCGGUCCAGCAGCAGCAGGCUGCUCCAAAGACGACCAAAACUCAGUCGAAGCCGCCUUGUGAGGAAGCGUUGUAUGAUCUGAGCCGUCAGGGCAAUGCGUCGGUGACAACUCCUGAGCUCUCUGGAGCCACCGCGUCUCCUACCAAGGCUCGGGUGUUGCUGCCGACAGCAUCCCCGGUACAGCCAACAACGCCAACUAUGGCAAACAAGGGUGGUCCAAAGAAGCAUGAGAAACAGACACAUGGAGUGCCCGUGGAGACUGAGCACGGUCAAGGCCAUCAGGACAAGAAGCGAGCUGCCAGUGGCGCUGCUCCGGGAACGCCAACCCCGAAGCAGAAGCGGUCCAAGGAGCCCCAAGCCGACCUGGCAAAAGACACUGCCACGAGCAUUGACGACGCCAACAAGACCACCGAAGGCAGUCAAGAUGAGCAGCCACCUACUACUGUUGGAGCUUCCAAAGAUCCUGCAUCUGCUCUCCCUGAGGGCAAAGAGGCCACCGAGCCAAGCGCCGCCGCAACCCAGCGUCGCGCCCCCAGUAUGUUCACGGAAGACCAGAUCAGAGACAGGAAGCGGGCCUGGGAUAGGAUUCCCAUGCCGCUGAAUCCUCUCAAGGCAAAGAAGCCGACCGACGGGUCCAGCGGCCCGAGCCAGCCCCAAGUCGCGGAGAACAAGGCCAGCAUGGAGAGCCAGCAGACCACAGGCAGUGAGCUACAGUUUGUCCGGUGGGUCGAGGCGCGCACUGCUAACAAGAAGGGCAAAACAGAAGGGGAAGAAGCUCCGGUGAAGAGAGCCGACGCUGCCAAGUCCAGCUUGCUUGACCAUGCGUCUUCAUCUGGUCCCUCGAAGAAGGGAAAACCUCAGCCUACAGAGUCCAGCAGCGACCUGCGCCCAGACUCGCUCUCGGCGCAAUGGCCUGCGGAUCCCGGCAGCAUGGCGGCUCAGAGACCUGCUCCGAUGUCGUUGUCGACCUUGUUUGGAGGACCAGCGGCACCAGCUCGUGGCCGCGGUCACUUCCGGCAACAGUCGCGAGGCAGGCGACACUUUCCGUCCCAGCCCGUGUCUGGCAGAUCUUCGCGCCAGAGCAGCCAUUCUAACCAGGGCGGCGUACCUGAUGGCGGUCACCAAGCCGCUCAUUCUCGCCACGCGUCGCAGAGUGGAACUGGUGAUGUUGAUGUCGGACUCACUGCCGCGGAUGGUCGGGGCAGCGUCCGCAAGAACAGAAACAAGAAGAAGAAGAACAAGAGCCAGGCUUCUUCAGCGUUUGUGUCUCCGCAAGAUGCUCCUCAAGCGCAUCAGCAACAUGGUGGCAGCGCACCUGGACAAGCAUCUCAGGCCACAGGUCAAGGCGGCUACGACGUGCCAUCACACAUCGCGGUGCAGCCUAUGCCGCGCCCUGGACCAGGACCGAUGGGGCCACCUACGGAGCUCCCAAUCCGUACACGCAACUUCCCAAGCGCAGGCGAGCAGGCCUCUCGUCCUGCCCAGGAUAUCCGCAGCCAAGGACAGGCCAGCGGCAGCAUGCUCGACCGUGCACAGCCCCAGCAGAGUCGGCAACAUUACCGCGCGGACGCGGGCGGUUCUCUGCGCAUGGGCAAGAAUCGUCGGCAACGUCUUCAUCAGCAGCUUUUUGACGCACCCUCAGUCGCUGAGAGCGCUGCUGAGCAGCAUGCCGGCACAGAGACUUCUGCACCACAUACACCAAUAGUGGCGCAGAGCUUCAUCGCUGGAGUCCAGCAAGACAUCACCUCCCCGCGAGGUGGACGGCCGCGCCAGAGCUCUUCCUCUCCCGGAAGCGGCUCAAAGGCUAUCCUGCUGAAUCCGCGCGCCGAGGUGUUUGUAUCUCCGCAGAUGCGAGCCGCCAAGGUGGCAGAGAAGGAAGCCGGUACUACAGAAGGUACUACAGGAGAGAAAAGUGACGGCGAGCUCACGGCGCAAGACGGCCAGGCGCAGCACGCUGCAGCCCCGUCCGCGGCUACGCCGUCUUCCGGAUCGCUGCUUCAGACCCGGACCACGGAUGAUUUCACCGUCGUGGAGUGGCCCUCGCGGCCGGGUCAGGAGACGUCGCUCUCGCGAAGCCCAACGGCGCAGUCUCAAGAAAAUGCCUCGGACGAAGCGAGCCGCACGCUCAGCGCGGCGGGUUCGCCGGACAGGGACGAGGCGGGAGGUCCCGAGGGGAAGGACGGCGGCGGGGAGUAA